GAGUACAGUUUCUGAUGCUAACCGGAUCGGACCGUUUGCGUUCGCAGUCGUACGAGCUAGUGAGUAGACAGGCGCCCUAAGGGACCUCGGGACAGCGUGACAGGGAGCAGCAAAACCUGGUGCAUCUCGGUGGUGGGCACAUGUGCGGGCUACGCUUCAGAACAAGAAAUUCUCCGUCUCAGAAGACAUCCCUGCGGUGGGGCGACAGCUGUCCGUGCCAUCGUCAGUAAAGCGUGCAAAGUGUACAAACGGAGUUCAACAUCAGCUCAGCUAGCACUAGCAGCCCCGUUUCCCUGUUGUUUCGCACAAGCUGCGAACUUUUGGACUCCCCAGUUUGGGGCGGACGACUAUCUGCAGCAGACACACGCACACACACACGCAGUCACGCAUCUACGCUCAUACAAUUUGCAUUUAGGUUCGAGCACAUCCCCAUCGAACUCCCCAAAAAAUUCCAACGCGCUUGUUCGCAGCCAAAGAUCAGAAGGCAAGAAACAAUCACAAGUGCUGCGUGUAAGACGUAUGUGAAGCGCAUCGCGUUUGUGACCGAAGGACCUUCAACCAAACCCACACACCUUGUAAUUUAGUGCACAAAACAUCGUACCGUAGAACUCUCGCCGAACUUUCGGCCAUUUUGGGCAGUGUCGCAAGUGAGUCCGUCAUGUUUGCCUAACUAGAAGCGAAACGGUGACCCGUAAUUACACGGGCACUUCCUCGAAUUACCCAGUGAAAGCAGUGCAUCGCGCGAGAGAGUGUGGAACGUGGAAAUUGUGCUAUUGCCUUGCCUUUCGCAAGAGGCUACGGUGUGUUGUGAAAAUUUAUGUGCUAAAAGUGAUCAUCUUGCGGGAGCGAAAAAUUCGUUGUGAUACUAGCUGUGCUCGCACGCACGGUUCUGUGUGGCGUAUGAUUACAUACGCGUAAUCAUCGUCCUGCUGCUGGUGCGCUUGUUUCUUUGCUCCUUCCGUAGCUCGCUCGUCUGCUCAAGGGGCUUGCUGGCAGCUUCCCCAUCUUUGCGGAGUGGAAAUCUUCAAGAACUGGCGGGUUACACCUGCCGCUGGAACCGAUCCACCCCGCCGGAGAAGACACCGACCUGGCACGACUGUGUGACAUAAAUAAAUAAAACCCACCACCACCCCGACACCGGAAAGCAAAAGUGCUUACUCGCACACUUACACACAAUAAAAUGGCCAUGUUACGCCAGGCAGUGCGUCCGGAAGAGUGAAACACCCGCUCGCCAGUGUCAAGGACGUUCGUCAACGUGCUGGUGGAAGGAGUUGCGUCUUAGCGCCGAAGAGCACGCCUUGGUCCGAUCCGGGCAUCAACAAAGAAAAAAGACGGUGCUGGUAUCACGUUUGUGAUUAAGCUGACAUACGGGAGACUUCGGUCCGAUCAGUCUCCGGUCCGGUCGCUGGAAACGGGAACACGUUCGCCUGCGUAGCGCCGAAAAUAGCAUAGCCAAGAUGAUUAAUAUCGCCGGCGUUGUCAGCAUCGUGCUGUUCUACAUCUUGAUCCUUGCGGUCGGGAUAUGGGCGGGCAGGAAAAAGGAGUCCGGAAAUGAUUCGGAGGAGGAAGUCAUGCUGGCCGGACGUUCGAUCGGUCUGUUUGUCGGUAUUUUCACCAUGACCGCUACUUGGGUCGGCGGAGGUUACAUCAACGGCACGGCGGAAGCAAUCUACACGUCCGGACUGGUCUGGUGCCAGGCACCGUUCGGAUAUGCGCUCAGUUUAGUGUUCGGUGGCAUCUUUUUCGCGAACCCGAUGCGAAAGCAGGGCUACAUCACGAUGCUGGAUCCGCUGCAGGACAGCUUCGGCGAGCGGAUGGGCGGCUUGCUGUUUCUGCCCGCACUCUGCGGCGAGGUGUUCUGGGCGGCCGGUAUCUUGGCGGCGCUCGGUGCCACGCUGUCGGUGAUCAUCGACAUGGAGCAGGAGACGUCGGUCAUCCUGUCGGCGUGCAUCGCCGUGUUCUACACCCUGUUCGGUGGGUUGUACUCCGUGGCGUACACGGACGUGAUACAGCUGUUCUGUAUCUUCAUCGGGCUGUGGAUGUGCAUCCCGUUUGCGUGGGCCAACGACCACGUCAAGAGCCUGUCGUCGAUGGACGUCGACUGGAUUGGUGAGAUCGGCGAGGGCUACACCUGGUUCUAUCUGGACUAUGGACUGCUGCUCAUAUUCGGCGGCAUUCCCUGGCAGGUAUACUUCCAGCGUGUGCUUUCCAGCAAAACAGCUGGCCGAGCUCAAAUCCUUUCGUACGUAGCAGCGUUCGGAUGCAUCCUGAUGGCUAUCCCGCCCGUGCUUAUCGGUGCCAUCGCCAAGGCUACUCCCUGGAACGAGACGGACUACAAGGGCCCGUGGCCACUGACGACGCAGGAAACGAGCAUGAUACUGCCGAUGGUCCUCCAAUAUCUGACGCCGGACUUUGUGUCGUUCUUUGGGCUCGGUGCCGUCUCGGCCGCCGUAAUGUCCUCGGCCGACUCAUCGGUACUGUCCGCUUCCUCCAUGUUUGCCCGCAACGUGUACAGGCUGAUCUUCCGGCAGCGUGCCUCCGAGAUGGAGAUUAUCUGGGUCAUGCGUGUGUCUAUUCUGGUCGUCGGCAUUCUGUCCACCAUAAUGGCGCUCACCAUACCCUCGAUCUAUGGACUUUGGUCGAUGUGUUCCGACCUGGUCUACUGUAUUCUCUUCCCGCAGCUGCUGAUGGUAGUUCACUUCAAGCAUCAUUGCAACACGUACGGCAGCUUGGCAGCGUACAUAAUCGCGUUCAUGGUGCGUCUGUCCGGCGGUGAAGCGAUGCUUGGUCUGCCCGCCCUGAUCCACUAUCCCGGCUACAACGAGGAAACCAGCACACAGAUGUUCCCCUUCCGAACGAUGGCCAUGAUGAUGAGCCUGAUCACGCUGAUCGGAGUGUCCUGGUGGACAAAGUGGGUAUUUGAAUCGGGCCGAUUGGCACCACACUACGACUACUUCCGCUGCGUGGUGAACAUCCCCGAAGAGUUGCACCGCGUCGGAGAACCAUCCGAUUCGGGCGAACAGCUCUCGGUAAUGGCCGGUGGUAUGACGCGCAUGUACGGUGCGGCCACCAUGGUCGGCAAGGACGAACGCAACGGGCGAAUAAAUCCGGCCCUCGAGCCGGACGACGAUCUGCCGGUGGUCGAGGCCCAGCGACAGAUGCAACAAUCCGCGGGCGGAGGUGGCGGUGUCGCGGCCCCGGGCAGUGUCAUCCCCGGCACCGGACCGGCUCAGGCGCAUACGGCCUUUUGAAACGCACCCACCGGCGCCGGCGUUCGGUUCGACUGAACAGCUCAGCGGUAGGCAACAAGGAACGAAAUCGACUUUAUUAUCUGCAUGCAGUAUUCGGAGGCAUGUUCUCCACCCGUGGUGUGAAUCGCAUCAAGUGACGAAUUAUCAGCAAAACAUACAUAUCAAGUACGGUACGGUGGUGAAGUAGUAUUAAAACUAUACAUAUACAUAAGGUAAGUGGUGCGCAAGGUAAGCGAAAGUAACUAGAACGAAAAGUUGGGCAAAGAAAGAAGAAAGGGAAAAAGACAGAAGCAAGUAACGAAUACAUAUCAAAUCAAAUCAAUAGAAGCAAAGAGAAGGAAGAGGAAGAAGAGGAAGAAAAGACGAGUAAAUAAUAAAAAAAAAACAAAACAAAAAACCCUAGGAUGGAAAUGUUCAUCAAAGCAACCAAUACAUAUCAAGUACGGUGGCAGAAGGAGACGACAAAACACAUACUACUAAACGAAACAAAAAACACACAAGAAACAAAAGCUAGUAAUGAUUAUACUUACCUAUAACUGUUAGUUGGUUAAAUGGCCACAUCCUGAGGAGAUGGUGCGGGCGAGGACAACUGUGAAGCAGGUGAAUGAAUGGUUGAUGCAUAGCAAAGUUUAAUGACAUGUUGAAGAUUUUGAUUGAAGGUACCGCAAGUCAGUUAGUUUUGCUUUGUUGCUUUUGUUUUACUAACUUUUCUUUGUUGGACAAGAGUAGAUAGGAAUGUUGAAAGUUGGGGAAAGGUAUAACUGAAUGUUUAUGUUACUGAUAUACGCUUAAUUUGUUGAGACGAGAAGGACAAGCUUUAAACAUUCGAAAUCAGCAAUCAGUUGCUACAAGUGCUAUACGGACGGGGGGGAAGUACAGCAAACGUUACAAACUACAAAGGUGCUAGAGACAGUGAAAGUGGAAAAUUAAACAAACUGUUUCAAAACUAGCAGAAAAUCUCAGUUUACUUAAAUAUUUUUUGCAUUCGUUUAAUUUAAUUUUCUCAGAAUGUUUAUAGGAUAUUACGAGGUUUUUCGACGCUUUCCCAUUUUCUCAAAUAUUAUAAAAAAAUCUUCUAUUAAUUAAUUUAUUGUUAAACAUGUUUUGUACUAAAAAAAGGGAAGUUGCUCCUAAAUAUGCGUUCAAGACUAUUUUACAACCUGGAAAUUUCUGUCCAGAGCAAGCAAAAUUGAAAGUAUGUUUAAAAAUCUACAAAAAUGAUAUAAAGAUAUUAAACUGCCGUUUUUUCUCAAAUUAUUAAACGAUUUUUAUUUGUCUCCACAAGUUUUUGUUUCAUUUUAAAAAGAGAUGAGAAGUAAUAUUCGAAACUCCUUGAGACGGACUCGAAAAUAAGUGAGAAUAAGUCGGUAAACCUUGAGACGGAACCGAAAACAUCUGGGAAAGCGUCGAAAAACCUCGCGGUACUCUGUAUUUUUAUUUUAAAAAAAUAUUCUUGUUAAGCUGUUGUUAGAAGAGUUUAGUCGAACAGGAAAAAAAUGGAAAUGGAAAGAGAACUAGUAAAAGCCAUGCCGUGUGUGACUGGAGCAAACUAAAAAGAGUAGAAGAAGAGAGAAACACAACCAAAAAAGAAAAAAAGAACAACCUAUAGAACUGAUAGUUAAGUCCCAGAGAGACAGAGCGGAACGAACAUAUCAUUAACUCGUACGAACAACUUCACUGAAGGAGCAUAUCGAUGAUAUAAACUAGGAAAAAAAUAUAAAUAUAUAUAUACACACAUCUAUACAUAUAUACAUUAAAGAAAAGUAUAAAAAAAUAUACAUAAAAGUCUGCUGAAAAGAAAGAAACAAAAAAACUUAGAUUUCGAAUGCGUAGAUGUAUAAACCAGAAAUCACGCAACACACAGAUAAAGCCCCACUAGGAACAAAAUGGUUCGGCAACCAUACUUACUGUAGUAGAACGCGUGUUGUGUUAUCAAACGAGUGUUACUAGGCUUCUGCAAGCCGUGGGUAGAGUUUCUUAACACACUUUUUUCAAACCAGGCUACAAAGCCAGGCUACAGUAGAGGGUCAAGGCGAUUUAGGGUUUUGAUCGAGAGAGGGAAACUACACACACACACAUAUCAAUCGUGUCCUUCCAGCCGUGAAAAACACUUCGCCACCCUACCCUAUUUCCAUCCCAUCACAGUUAGGAUGCGUAUUUCCCUUUCAGCGUGUUCGGUGGUACAGGGACGACAAUACUGUUGCUUUCGGUGGAAGUUUAAACAAUUAAGCAUUAACUAUCCAAACACUCCGGAGCUGUAGUACCAUUCUACCGAAUCGUUCUAUUGAUGUGCCUCCCCCCACCCUUCCCCCCACCCAAAACGUUGGUGGAAUUUUGAUAGGGUUAGAGAUGUGCCCACCACCCUCUUGGUGCCGCGGGCCCGAUCGGUGUGUUGUGUUUCGAGGUUGUAACCAAAAAAAAAAAAAAAAGAAAUUCAAAAGAAAAAAAAGCGUCAACCGCAACAGUCUUUUCUUUUUUGCAAAUAUUUUCCCGGAAUCGGAUUUUUAGUUGCCAUUGUUCGCCUCACUAUAUCCGUGUGCUUCAUCUUGUUAAUCUUGUGCCGGCUCUUUACGUGAACGUUGAAUGCGUGUCGUUGCUGCUCGUCGAUUUUUGCACCCUGAAAUGUUCAGCAAGCUAUCCUGAUUCCUUGUUCACCGCCGCUUAAUCGAUGCGAUUUACUAGCUUACUGGCUGGGAACGUUUUAAAAUUAAAAGAUUCACAGAAAUACACCGACACAUAUACUGACCAGUUAGAUUGUUGAACAGCAAACAAAAGUUCUAGUAAAAUACAGCAAAAAAAAAACAAAUACCAAACCCCCGAAAAAAUGUUACUAAAGUUGUUCUUAGCUGUGCUACUCUUAAACUUAGGCCGAUUGCAUACAUUUGAUUGCGCUGGCGGGUUGCGUAGCGUUUGAAAAACACCCUACGCGAAACACCCGAGCAAUAAAGAGAGCCUCAAUGGAAUAUAUUUGUUUGGCAAAAGAAACUAUUGCGCUAUAAUUGUUGAUAUCUCUGAGUGGACUUAUAAAUUCCGAAUAAAAGCAAGAAAGAAAGAAAACUCUAUAUUGUAAUGUAUAACUAUACUUAUUGCAAAAAGCAAAAAACGAGGAGGGGAAAAAUGAAUUGGACAGGUACAACUAAAGAAAACAAAAACUACUCAUAAUCGUUGUUAAUGGGUUAAUGGGAGCCUCCAUCCGGUUGGCUGGAAGAGGAAAAAGACAUACGGGCAAUCGAUACAUAUCGUGCAUAUACAUAAAUACUAGCAUAUACAUACACUGUUAAAUACUGUCGAUACAGGCAAGGUCAGAGAGUUCUAUCCCGAAAGAAACGAACCACGAAAACAAGACAGCAACACUGUACAAUUAGAGCAUUAGGGUGAAACCGAACCAAAGCGUUUAGAAACCUACGACACACGCGCUUGAGGUACGAGCAGAGCAGAUGAGAUCAUAGAACUGGUCACUGUAUUAAGUUGGAGUGGGGAGAAAGGAAAACAAAAAACAACUCAUACAUAUCAACCGAUAUCCGAGAGCUUCAAGAAGGAAAACCCUCUACAAAAUCUGACAAAGUCUAUGCAAAAACAGGUAGCAAAAUAUUUUCACAAUUUUAUUUAGCAUAUUUCCCCCAAUGCAAACCGAAUUACCUUGUUUGUUUCAACUCCCUCCCUCAAAACAUGCGUUUAAAAUAGUAAAAAACAAGAGUUGUUAUUAAAAACGGCUUCAAACCUAUCGAACGAAUGGAAAAAGCAUUUAACAAAACAAAUAGUCAAAUCAAGUUCGAAACACGCUCCCAGAAACAAAAGAAAAGAGAUCGAGAGAGAGAGAGAGAGAGAGAUCUAUAGAAAAAAUCCCAAAUACUAGAUGUACAUGUAUUUUACUAGACCAUAAGCUAAUUAUACAAACAAACAAAACACACACACACACAUUAUGUAUAUGUAGAAAACUAACAAUGAAAGGAAGGAAAACAAAACAAGCAAAAGCAUUAAACAACCUAGAUCGGACUGAGUGAAAACAAAACGUGGGGAAUGUGUGUGAAAAAUAACAUCAUGAUCGAUCGACAUACAGAUGUGGCGGGCGGGCUGUAGGGCUGAACCCGAUGCCAGUCCAGUAAAGAAUUGUCUGUGGUUAAUAAAUGUUGGUUGAUACCGGUUCA